AACAACAAUAAAAAAAAAAACAAAAAAAACAAAAAAACAAAGCCGUCCACUCCGGUCCCAAAGGAGCGUCUCUCCAAUUGGCACCAAAUUUCUCUCUAAUUCUAUAACACUCAAUCUUCCUAAUCAACUCCCACUCAUCAACUACAACACUAGUAUAAUAAUAUACAUAUUGCACACUCCACAUAGCUAAAAAAACUCAAGAAAAUUUCCCAUUACUAUGCACGUUUAGUUGGCAUUUGCAGUACUCCAUUUCUUACUUCUUUCCCAUCUUCAUCUAGAUUUGGUCCCUUCACUUGUUUUCUAUUCUAAUAUAAGCAUAUUAGCUUCCGUACAUUCGUAGACUUCCCCUGUUUCACUAUCGAAAUUUGUUAUUCUCUUGUCCCUUUCUCUUCUACUAAAUUUCUUCCAUUCAACUCUUCUUCAAGCUCUUCAAGAAUCUUUCUUUCUUCAUUUGCUUCUAACCCCAGUAUAUAAUACAAAAAUUCACUAUUUCCCCCCUAUAUAACAUUGCUUAAUUCCAAAACCCAGAAAAACCCACAACUUUUUUUUCAUAAACAAUUCUCAUUUCAAGAAAAGAAAACCUUUACUUAAUUCCACAAACCCAGAAAAACCCAUAUUUUUUCUUCAUAAAUAAUUUCAUUUCAAGAAAAAGAAGAAUCUUUGGUUAAUUCCAAAAUCCCAGGAAAACCCAUAUCAUUUUUUCACAAAUAAUUCUCUUUUCACGAAAAGUAUCUUUAGUUAAUUUCGAAAACCCAGAAAGGAAUCUUUGGUUAUUUCCAAAAACCCAGAAAAACCCAUAUAGUGUUUUUUUCAUAAAUAAUUUUCAUUUCAAGAAAAAAAUAAAAGAAUCUUUGGUUGAUUCCCAUAACCCAGAAAAAACCCAGAUUUUUAAUUUUUGCAUUAAGAUAGUCAUAUUUCGAUUUUUAUACAAUUUGUAUAAAUGGGAAAUUGCUUAGGUUUAUCAAGAAAAUCGACGUCGGAGAUUACACCGGCCGACGCGGUAAAGCAACAUCCGACCAUCAAACUUUACGGACAACCAAACAGUAUAUCAACUUACUACAUUCUUUGUGCUCUUUUAUACAAGCCAGUAAAAGUCAAUUUUAUCCCGUCCGAUCAAUCACCGGUGUUGGAAUACAAGUCAGACUCCGUUAACGGCACCGUUGAUACGGUUCUCCGUUACUUGGACGUCAAGUUUCCGGAGCCAAAGUUGUUAACGGGGAGGGUGGGUGGUUGGCAUGAUGAAACGACGCCGUUUAUUGUGUGGUUAGUGGUGUUACAGCAUAGGAGUAUGACGUGGCAUUUGGAGAGAAUGGGGAGGUGGAGUGACGAUUUGGCGGCGCGUGGUGGAAAAGCUCGUGGGGAUCCGGUGAUGGGGACACCAAGGAUGGAGAUGAGGAAGUUUGCUAGAGGGUACUCACAGUUGUUGGAGGUAAUGCUUGAACAUGCUCAAAUGGAAGAGAGAGUUGUUUUUCAAAUCUUGGAAAAAGCUGAUAGAGGGUUAUCUAAAACUGCAAAUGAGGAUCAUGCAAGGGACCUUCCUAUGAUGAAUGGUAUUAAAGAAGAUAUCAAAUCUAUAGGAGUUCUUGAUUCAGGGCAUCCUGCUUACCAAGAGGCUCUCUGCAACCUCUCUACUCGACUCAAAACCUUAAAGGAGCGCAGCAAGAAACACUUUGAAGAAGAGGAGAAGAAUCUACUGCCGCUGAUGGAGGCAGCUGAAAUGAGUAAAGCGCAACAAGAUAAAGUCUUAGACCAGUGUUUGGAUGUCAUGCACGGGACACACUCGCAUCUGUUUCGGUUCUUUAUGGAAGGCCUCCUCCCUCCGGACGCAAUGCAUUACUUGGACAUGCUUUCUAGGUGCAGUGACCAAAACCGAGUGUCUUCAAUGCUCCGGUUAAUCGUUGAUAAGGUUGUAUGAUUCAAUUUGGCAAUCAAUCAUUGUUGCUUUGAAAUAUAAAUUGCAAUCAUCAGUGAAAUUGAUCAUUGAAUUGGUCUAGCUUUGCUUGUAAAGUGGAGCACUUAAUGCUGUGAUCUCUGUAACUGCUUUGCUUUGCUCUUCUUUAAUGGCCUGUGGGCUCCUAAGUUAGAGUCCUUAAGCAUCAUUGAUACCUUUUGUUAUUUCUUUCACAUGGCAGAUACUGAAGCAAAAGGGAGGAGAGGUUUCCUUUUGUUCUUUCUACUUUUGAUUUUUGCUAUAUCUUUUCUUCUUUUACUUUAGCAGUUUAGCUUGGUUAUAGUAAUCUGUACAUAGUGGGAGCAUCACAAGCUUUGAUGGAUGUUGCUUAGAAUCUACUUCUCUGUUAUAAUGUAAAUAAUUUGAAGAUGGUC